AUCUACGUAUCCCCCAAGGACCAAACCGUCAUAAGUGGCAAAGUGGCUUAUUUCGUCUGCAUGGCCGAUGGACAUCCCCAGCCGCACAUAGAGUGGCGCAAAGGGGGACGACGGGUGUCGACGACACGUUUUUCCAUCAACAAUAUCCCCGGGGGCUCGGUUCUACGAAUCGAUCCCGUCCGGGCCGGCAAAGACAACACGGCGUACGAAUGCCUGGCGGAGAAUGGCGUCGGAGAACCCGUUCGAAUGUCGUUCUCGCUUAGAGUCUUCGAAGAGGACAGCGUGCCGAGAGGUUUUCCCUCGUUCAGCCUGCUGCCCAACAUGCAGGGCGUCGAGCGGAACCGAAGUGCCGUGUUACAGUGCAUGGCGAGCGGGGAGCCCGAACCGACAAUUUCGUGGCUGCAUAACGACGUUCCCGUCGACCUGAACAAUCCGCGCUUCCAGCUCGUGAACGGCGGUGCUUUGCAAAUCUCACACGCCCAGGAAGAAGACCAGGGCAAUUACGAGUGCGUGGCGGAGAACACUGUCGGAACCCAGAUCUCGCCGAUGGCCACGCUAUACGUGAAGGUGCGACGGGUCCCGCCGUACUUCUCGAUUCCCCCCGAAAACCGAUACGAAGUCACCCCGGGAGCGUCGUUGAACAUCUCCUGCACGGCCGUCGGAUCUCCGAUGCCAUACGUGAAGUUCCGCCUGGCCGACGGCGACGACCUGCCGCCACCGAACGGUCAAAGCGAAUACCCCGAAGGACGGAACAAUCUCACGCUGGAGAACAUCCGAGAAUCCGUUAACUACAGCUGCAUCGCACAGUCGAAACUGGGAACGCUGGAACAUCAGUUUCAGGUGGUCGUUCAAGCGCUGCCCAAAGCUCCGACUACAGUGAUGUUCUCUGACGUGACCACGACUUCGCUCAAACUGUCUUGGAGCUACGAGCAGGGAGCUGAGAAUAUUCGAUACUACGUCGUGCAGUACAAACCUCGAGGCUCGAACUCGGUGUUCUCCGAAAUUUCCGGAGUUACUGGGACGAGCCUUUUCGUACGAGAACUAGCACCGUAUACGGAGUACGAGUUUUACGUGAUAGCCAUGAACGACUUAGGCCGCGGUCCGCCUUCGGACCCAGUAAUCGUCACCACUGGUGAAGCGGUGGAUAUGCGUCGUCAAGUCAAGCCUGGAAGUGCGCCGAGGAAUGUCCUCGCGAGACCUCUGAGCUCCAGCACGGUGGUGGUGCAGUGGGAUCCACCAAUGGAGCCCAAUGGCCAAGUGAUGGGCUAUCGGAUUAUCUACACCAAGAAUCCCACGUUGCCCGAAACAGCGUGGCAAGAUUUUCAGGUGGACUCAAGUCAGCUGACGACCAUUUCCAACCUCACUCCACAAGCCACGUAUACCAUUAGGGUGAAAGCUUUCACCGGCAGAGGCAUUGGGCCGGCUUCUCCGCCAGUCCAAGUCAAGCUGCAGACCGGAGUUCCCACGCAACCGGGGAAUCUCCGAGUGAUGGCGACGGGUGCCACGACAGUUCAACUCAACUGGACCCGACCGACCUAUUCAGCCGACAAUAUCGUCGGUUACAUGAUAUACUGGAACGACACGUAUUCACAGAACGAAGAGCAUAAGGAAAUCGCCGACGUCGAGACAUACACCCUGGACAACCUGUACCCCGACACAAUUUAUUACGUAUGGGUGGCCGCUAGAUCACGAAAGGGCGAAGGGGCCGCUACUCCAGCCUUCCCAGUUAGGACGGAGCAGUAUGUUGUUGGCAAUCCACCCGAGGACAUCGUCGGUUCCCCGAUCAACUCGCAUACCGUCAAACUGAUGUGGCAAGCGCCGCCUGUUCUCAAUCGGGCAUCGAACAGCGUGCCUGUCAUCUACUAUAAGAUCCGCUACCAAAAAAUCAAUGAGAAGCAGCCGGGCGGCGAGGAAAUCAAAGAAAUUCAGGUGAACCCUGACGAAACGUCGGCGGAAAUCUCCGGACUCGAUAAAUGGAGUCCUUACCGCUUCUGGAUAAAAGCGGGCACGGCUGUGGGCGACGGCCCCCUCUCGAAGGAGAUCAUUGUCACCACCGACGAAGAUGUCCCCGGAGAACCCCGCAACGUGAAAUUAUCUCCACUGAACAGUACGGCCAUUUCCGUUACGUGGAAACCUCCAUCAAACAAGGAUCGCCAUGGUCUGAUUCGAGGUUACCAAAUCCACGUGCAGGAAGUCAACAAAGCGGGUGAUAUGGUGGGCGAGCCGAUUCGGUAUGACGUUGCCGACGAGAACGCCGAGGCCUACAAUGUCACCGACCUCCAACCCGACACCGAGUACAGCAUUCAGGUGGCCGCCGUUACGCGGAAAGGCGACGGCAUGAGAAGCAGACCCAAGACAGCUACUACACAUGGUGGUGUUCCCACGAAACCGGAGCUCAAAGCCACUGUGAAAAUCACCGACGACAACAAGCUCCGGGUUGAGCUCUCCUGGCAACGACCGUCCCACACGUACGGUGAACUCCAAAUGUACCGUUUACGUUACGGUCCCAUGGAUGGGGAACCCCUCGAGGAAACUACGUUUAAACCAGAUGACUACCAAAUCACAGUCGAGCGAAUUUCUCGAGGUGCGCGCUACGAGUUCCGCCUAGCCGCGAGAAAUCUCAUCGGUUGGGGCCAGGAGGCCAUACAGCAGGUGACAACGCCUGAAGGAGAACCCACAGCACCGCCACACGAUAUCAGAUUCCGCCUUCAGAGUCCGGAUACGGCCGUCGUGAUCUGGGAACGUCCGCCGAUCGCUCAUCGCAACGGCCACAUUGCGAACUACAUGAUCGAAUUCCGCAAACGCGGAUCGGACUUUGCCGGAAACGACCGGAACACGUCGAAAACGAGAACCGUAUUCUCGGGACUGGAAGAACGAACCGAAUACGUAUUCCGCAUCAAGGCUUGCACCAACAAAGGGGCUGGACCCUGGUCGAAAGAGAUCAUAAUCACCACCCCCGGAGACAUACCGUCCGAACCCACGAACGUCCAGGCUGUCGCCACAAGCGACGGAUCGUUCGAAGUCUGGUGGGACGAAGUGCCAUACUUCGGCGUAAUUCUCGGCUAUAAAAUUUUGUACACAAAAACCGUGGUUGAGGAUUUAGACGAGUGGGACUCGAAAAUAAUUCCCUACUUGACGAUGUCGGCCGAAAUUACCGGCUUAGAGCGGGACACUGUCUAUGCAAUCCGGGUCGCCGCCUACCAGAAAACAGGCACGAGCGACGUCACCAUUGGAAAACUCUCUCAGCAAAUCACAGUGCGCACCGUUCCUACAGAAGUUGUAACGCAGCUUCGCGCAUUCGGCAUCACCACGCAUGGCUUCAUUCUCUGUUGGAGACCACCGACUCACGUUGAGUUCAUCAAGUUCAAUAUUUCCUACUCGGCGCAGAAAGAAUUCGUCGACAGUCAGGGAGACCGACAGGAACUCCCCAUACCCGCACAAAACGUGCUCCUGGAUGCGGGAACGGUCAACUACUCGAUAAGCGCCUUGAUGCCAUUCACAACGUACAAGGUGAACGUGACCGCGCUCGCCAGGAGCGGGGUGUAUAGACCCCCUGCGAAAAUUUCUGUUACCACAGCCAUGGCCGCACCGAAACCUUUAGUGAAACCCGAUUCGCUUGGCCCCACAACAAAUCACGAAAUCCACGUUGUCCUGCCUCAAGCAUCGGAAGAGUUCGGCCCAAUCAAGCACUACUUCUUGGUGGUUGUGCCCUCCGACAUCGCGGGCAAGGAGCCCGACGAUUAUCGCAUAGAAGAUCUCGUCAACGCAGCCACUGAGAACGACGGCCCGUACAUAGCAGCUAUGUUCCUGCGUCUUGCCAUGCCCCAGGACUUCCUGUUGGGCGACGGCAAGACGUACGGAGGUUUCCGCAACAGGAAACUUCACACCUAUCGCCGCUACAAGAUCUUCGUCCGUGCUGUUGUGGACGCGCCGCAGAAAAAUCUCUUCACUAGCAGUCCCUUCUCUGAGGAUCUUGGACUCGACGUAUUAACUCACUACGCCAGGAACCCGACUCGGAACCCCGAGGUUCAUCCUCGACCUGCGACCCACACUGACGUGGGCUGGAUCAUCGGGCCAGUCCUGAUAAUAAUCCUCUUGGCCGUCACGCUGACGUUGUUCUUCAUUCUGGCGAAACGUCGACGUGGCUUCGUGCAGUCCAAGACUCCCAACGGUUGUAACGGGAACGGCACCAACAACGAAACCACCAUGAAGUUGCUUCAGCCGAACGGUAGUCGCUCUAUGGGAGACGUCGCCGAUUUCUCGGCGUCCAAUGGAGGCGUCGCCGAUCCUUUGGAACUACGGAGGAUCCAGACCCCCGGAAUGCAAGGUCAUCCCCCGAUCAUAGUAUCAGAGCUUGCAUCGCACAUUGAGCGUUUAAAAGCCAAUGACAACCUCGCUUUCUCGCAAGAAUACGAGAGCAUCGACCCGGGUCAACAGUUCACCUGGGAUAAUUCGAUCUCCGAAAUCAACAAGCCCAAGAAUCGCUACGCGAACGUCAUCGCUUACGAUCAUUCCCGGGUUGUCCUGGAGCCAUUGCCCGGCAUACCGGGCUCAGACUAUAUAAAUGCUAAUUAUUGCGAUGGCUAUCGCCGUCAAAACGCCUAUAUCGCUACGCAAGGUCCCCUUCAGGAGACGAUCGGAGAUUUUUGGAGGAUGGUGUGGGAGCAGCAGAGUGCCACCAUCGUCAUGAUGACCAAGCUGGAAGAACGAACCAGAGUGAAGUGUGACCAGUAUUGGCCCAGCAGAGGUAGCGAAAAAUACGGUAUUAUGGAAGUGACACUCGAGGACGUCCAGGAAUUGGCUACGUACUGCAUUCGGACCCUCAGUAUCCGACGGGACAAUUUCCUCGAAGUGCGCGAAAUCAAGCAGCUGCAAUUCACCGCGUGGCCGGACCACGGAGUGCCGGAGCAACCGACUCCCUUCCUCACGUUCCUCUGUCGCGUGAAUCAAAUCAACCCGCAGGGCGCGGGUCCCCUGAUAGUGCACUGUAGCGCAGGAGUUGGCCGGACGGGCUGCUAUACCGUAAUCGAUUCGAUGCUGGAAAGACUGCGCCACGAAGAUACCGUCGAUAUCUACGGCCACACAACCUGUCUGAGAGCGCAGAGAAACUACAUGGUGCAGACCGAAGAUCAAUACAUCUUCAUCCACGACGCCAUUCUCGAAGCAGUGAUGGCGGGAGUCACUGAGGUGCCGAGUCACCAGCUUUAUCAACAUGUCAACCACCUUCUAACUCAGAACGUCGACGGCUCGACGAAACUCGAAGCCGAGUUCCGACAAUUGAAUGAAAUGAAGGUGAACAACGCCAAGUUCAUUUCAGCCAAUUUACCAAUGAACAAGUUCAAGAACCGUCUCAUGAACAUCUUGCCGUUCGAAGCAAGCCGAGUUUGCCUGCAGCCGGUCAGGGGCGUUGACGGAAGCGACUACAUUAACGCCAGCUUCAUCGAUGGCUAUCGGUAUAAAAACGCUUACAUCGCUGCUCAAGGUCCCAUGGCAGAAACGACCGAAGAUUUCUGGCGGAUGAUCUGGGAACACAACUCGAAUAUCAUUGUUAUGCUCACCAAGCUGCAGGAGAUGGGUCGUGAGAAAUGCCAUGCGUAUUGGCCCAGUGAGCGUUCACAAAGGUAUCUCUACUUCGUUGUCGACCCUAUCACCGAGUACAACAUGCCCUCGUACGUCAUGCGGGAGUUCAAAGUGACCGACGCCCGCGACGGACAGACCCGCACAGUUCGUCAAUUCCAUUUCACGGAUUGGCCAGAGCAAGGUGUCCCCAAGGACGCGGAAGGCUACAUUGAUCUCAUUAGUCAGGUCCACAAGACGAAGGAACAGUUCGGCCAGGAAGGCCCAAUCACAGUUCACUGCUCAGCAGGUGUCGGACGUACCGGCACCUUCAUCGCUCUGAGCAUCGCCCUCGAACGGCUGCAGUGUGAGAGUAUGGUAGAUUUGUUCUCCACAGUACGGAUGCUUCGAACGCAAAGACCCGCCAUGGUACAAACCGAAGAUCAGUACCAAUUCUGCUACCGAGCGUUGCUCGACUAUCUCUCGAGCUUCGAUCAUUUUACGAGCUAA